UGGUGCUAAUGGGAAGAGGUUUCUGCUCCCCAAAGAAGAUGCGCUGCCACAAAGAGCGGCUCGCGCGCCGGCCUGGGCUCUAGCCCGGGAGACAACCCGGGAGAACUCCGAGCUCUGAGCGCUCGGCGAAGACCCGGGCAACAUGCCUGUUCGCAGGGGGCAUGUGGCACCGCAAAACACCUUCCUGGGGACCAUCAUACGGAAAUUUGAAGGGCAGAAUAAAAAAUUUAUCAUUGCAAAUGCCAGAGUACAGAACUGUGCCAUCAUCUACUGCAAUGAUGGCUUCUGUGAGAUGACUGGUUUCUCCAGGCCAGAUGUCAUGCAGAAGCCAUGCACCUGCGACUUUCUCCAUGGGCCUGAGACCAAGAGGCACGAUAUUGCCCAAAUUGCCCAGGCGUUGCUGGGGUCGGAGGAGAGGAAGGUGGAGGUCACCUACUAUCAUAAAAAUGGUUCCACUUUUAUUUGUAACACUCAUAUAAUUCCAGUGAAGAACCAAGAGGGUGUGGCUAUGAUGUUCAUCAUUAAUUUUGAGUAUGUAACAGAUGAAGAGAAUGCUGCCUCCCCAGAGAGGGUAAACCCAAUAUUACCAGUCAAAACUGUAAACAGGAAACUAUUUGGAUUCAAAUUUCCUGGUUUGAGAGUUCUAACAUACAGAAAGCAGUCCUUGCCACAGGAAGACCCGGACGUGGUCGUCAUUGAUUCCUCUAAGCACAGUGAUGACUCGGUGGCCAUGAAGCAUUUCAAGUCUCCCACAAAAGAAAGUUGCAGUCCCUCUGAAGCAGACGAUACGAAAGCCUUGAUACAGCCUAGCCAGUGUUCUCCUUUAGUGAACAUAUCCGGGCCUCUGGACCACUCCUCUCCCAAAAGACAAUGGGACCGCCUCUACCCUGACAAGCUGCAGUCAAGUUCCCAACUAACACACUCCAGAUCAAGGGAGAGCCUCUGUAGCAUCCGGAGGGCAUCUUCAGUUCAUGACAUAGAAGGGUUCAGUGUCCACCCCAAGAACAUAUUCAGAGAUCGACAUGCCAGCGAAGACAAUGGUCGCAAUGUCAAAGGGCCUUUUAAUCAUAUCAAGUCAAGCCUGCUGGGAUCCACGUCGGAUUCAAACCUCAACAAAUACAGCACCAUUAACAAGAUUCCUCAGCUCACUCUGAAUUUUUCAGAUGUCAAAACUGAAAAAAAGAAUACAUCUCCUCCUUCUUCUGAUAAAACUAUCAUUGCUCCCAAGGUUAAAGAACGGACACACAAUGUGACAGAGAAAGUGACCCAGGUUCUUUCUUUGGGAGCAGACGUCUUGCCAGAAUAUAAGCUUCAGACGCCGCGCAUCAACAAAUUUACAAUCCUGCACUAUAGCCCUUUCAAAGCAGUCUGGGAUUGGCUCAUUUUACUACUGGUCAUUUACACUGCUAUAUUCACCCCGUACUCCGCAGCCUUUCUCCUCAACGACAGAGAGGAACAGAAAAGGCGAGAAUGUGGCUAUUCUUGUAGUCCUUUGAAUGUGGUAGACUUGAUUGUGGAUAUCAUGUUUAUUAUAGACAUUCUAAUAAACUUCAGAACAACCUAUGUAAAUCAGAAUGAAGAAGUGGUAAGUGAUCCUGCCAAAAUAGCAAUACACUACUUCAAAGGCUGGUUCCUGAUUGACAUGGUGGCAGCCAUCCCUUUUGACUUGCUGAUUUUUGGAUCAGGUUCUGAUGAGACAACAACUCUAAUUGGUCUUCUGAAGACUGCACGUCUCCUUCGUCUUGUGCGUGUAGCCAGGAAACUGGAUCGGUACUCAGAAUAUGGCGCUGCGGUUCUGAUGCUCUUAAUGUGCAUAUUUGCCCUGAUUGCCCACUGGCUGGCUUGCAUCUGGUACGCGAUUGGGAAUGUGGAGAGGCCCUAUCUGACUGACAAAAUUGGAUGGUUGGAUUCCUUAGGACAACAAAUUGGGAAACGUUACAAUGACAGUGACUCGAGUUCCGGACCUUCCAUUAAAGACAAAUACGUCACGGCACUUUAUUUUACCUUCAGCAGUUUAACCAGUGUAGGAUUUGGAAAUGUGUCUCCCAACACCAAUUCGGAGAAAAUCUUUUCCAUUUGUGUCAUGUUGAUUGGCUCCUUAAUGUAUGCAAGCAUUUUUGGGAAUGUUUCUGCAAUUAUUCAAAGACUAUACUCGGGAACUGCCAGGUACCACAUGCAGAUGCUGAGAGUGAAGGAGUUCAUCCGCUUCCACCAAAUCCCCAACCCUCUGAGGCAACGGCUUGAAGAAUAUUUCCAGCACGCGUGGACGUACACCAACGGCAUUGACAUGAACAUGGUCUUGAAGGGAUUUCCAGAAUGUUUACAAGCUGACAUUUGCCUGCAUCUAAACCAGACUUUGCUACAAAACUGCAAAGCCUUUCGAGGUGCCAGUAAAGGCUGCCUGAGAGCUCUGGCCAUGAAGUUCAAAACCACCCACGCCCCUCCAGGAGACACCCUGGUCCACUGUGGGGAUGUCCUAACCGCACUGUACUUCUUAUCCAGAGGCUCCAUUGAAAUCCUCAAGGAUGACAUAGUGGUAGCUAUCCUUGGAAAAAAUGAUAUCUUCGGGGAAAUGGUUCAUCUUUACGGCAAACCCGGCAAGUCUAACGCUGAUGUGCGAGCACUCACGUACUGUGACCUGCAUAAGAUCCAGCGUGAAGACUUACUGGAGGUCCUAGACAUGUAUCCUGAGUUUUCUGACCACUUUCUGACCAAUCUAGAGCUGACUUUCAACCUGAGACACGAAAGUGCAAAGGCUGAUCUUUUGCUGCAGUCCCAAUCUAUAAAUGAUUCCGAAGGGGACACCGGUAAACUGCGAAGAAGGAGACUGUCCUUUGACAGCGAAGGCGAAAAAGAUUUUAGCAAGGAAAACAGUGCAAAUGAUGCUGAUGAUUCUACCGAUACAAUAAGACGUUAUCAGAGUUCCAAGAAGCAUUUUGAAGAGAAGAAAAGCAGAUCAUCAUCAUUCAUCUCCUCCAUCGAUGAUGAACAGAAGCCGCUCUUCCUGGGAACAGUAGAUUCUACUCCAAGAAUGGUGAAAGAAACCAGACUCCAAGGUGAAGAAACAAUAGCCCCCUCAGGAAGAAUUCACACAGACAAAAGGAGUCACUCCUGCAAAGAUAUCACUGAUCCUCACAGCUGGGACAGAGAGCAUGCCCGGGCUCAACCAGAAGAAUGCAGUCCCUCAGGAAUUCAGAGGGCUGCCUGGGGCAUCUCUGAAACAGAAAGUGACCUCACCUACGGGGAAGUGGAGCAAAGGUUAGACUUACUUCAAGAACAACUUAACAGACUUGAAUCCCAAAUGACAACGGACAUCCAGACCAUCCUACAGCUCCUGCAGAAACAAAGCACGGUGGUCCCUCCGGCCUACAGCAUGGUGACCGCAGGAGCAGAGUAUCAGAGGCCCAUCCUCCGUCUGCUGAGAACCAGUCACCCCAGAGCAUCCAUUAAGACUGACCGGAGUUUCAGCCCCUCCUCCCAGUGUCCUGAAUUUCUCGACCUUGAAAAAUCUAAACUCAAAUCCAAAGAAUCACUCUCAAGCGGAAGGCAUCUGAACACAGCCUCAGAAGACAACUUGACUUCACUUUUAAAACAAGACAGUGAUGUGUCUUCAGAGCUUGACCCAAGACAGAGAAAAACUUACCUUCAUCCCAUCCGGCAUCCAUCUCUGCCAGAUUCUUCACUAAGCACUGUAGGGAUCUUGGGUCUCCAUAGGCAUGUUUCUGAUCCUGGUCUCCCAGGAAAGUAA